CUUAAAAUAUAUCAAUACCCUUUCAUUUUUUGUAAUUCUUUCAACUCUUUUAAGUGUUUAAAGCUAGAGUCUUUACAUGUUUUGCUUCAUUUGUGUGGAAAAUUGGGGAACUUUCUUGAAUCUAAUUUGAAUUUUCAAGAAAAUAAGACCCCAUUUGCAAUUUUCUUGAUAUAAAUCAUACCCUUUUGAGAAAAAAUGGAUACACUAUUGAAAACCCCAAAUAAUCUUGAAUUUUUGCAUCCACUUAAUGGAUUUGCAGUUAAAGCUUGUACCUUUAGCACUGUGAAGGCUCAUAAGUUUAGUUCUAGAAAUGUUUGUGUUAAGGCUAGCAGUAGUACUCUUUUAGAACUUAAACCUGAGACAAAAAAGGAAAGUCUUGAUUUUGAGCUUCCUAUGUAUGAUCCUUCAAAAGGGGUUGUUGUGGAUCUUGCUGUUGUUGGUGGUGGUCCAGCAGGACUUGCAGUUGCACAACAAGUUUCUGAAUCCGGACUUUCUGUUUGUUCAAUUGACCCGUCUCCGAAAUUGAUAUGGCCUAAUAACUAUGGAGUUUGGGUUGAUGAAUUUGAGUCUAUGGAUUUGUUAGAUUGCCUUGAUGCUACCUGGUCCGGUGCAUUGGUGUAUAUUGAUGAUAAUACAAGUAAAGAUCUUGAUAGAGCUUAUGGAAGGGUUAACCGAAAACAACUGAAAUCGAAAAUGAUGCAGAAAUGCAUACUGAAUGGUGUUAAGUUUCACCAAGCCAAGGUUAUAAAGGUAAUCCAUGAGGAAUUUAAGUCAAUGUUGAUUUGUAAUGAUGGUAUUACUAUCCAGGCGAGCACAACUGCAACUGGAUUUUCAAGAUGUCUUGUUCAGUAUGAUAAGCCUUAUAACCUCGGGUAUCGAGUAGCUUAUGGCAUUUUAGCUGAAGUGGAAGAGCACCUGUUCGAUGUAAACAAGAUGGUUUUCAUGGAUUGGCGAGAUUCUCAUUUGAAGAACAAUGUGGAGUUGAAAGAGAGAGAUAGUAGAAUACCGACUUUUCUAUAUGCCAGGCCACUUUCAUCCAACAGAAUAUUUCUCGAAGAAACUUCGCUUGUAGCUCGUCCUGGAUUGCAAAUGGACGAUAUUCAAGAACGAAUGGUGGCUCGUUUAAGUCACUUGGGGAUAAAAGUGAAGAGCAUUGAAGAGGACGAACGCUGUGUGAUCCCAAUAGGGGGUCCACUUCCAUCAUUACCUCAGAGAGUCGUUGGAAUUGGUGGUACAGCUGGCAUGGUUCAUCCGUCCGCUGGUUAUAUGGUGGCAAGGACACUAGCUGCAGCUCCCAUUGUUGCCAAUGCCAUAACUCAAUACCUCGGUUCUGAAAGAAGUGGUUCGGGUAAUGAAUUAUUCGAAGCUGUUUGGAAAGAUUUGUGGCCUAUAGAGAGGAGGCGUCAACGAGAGUUCUUUUGCUUCGGUAUGGAUGUUCUUCUGAAGCUUGAUUUACCUGCUACAAGAAGGUUCUUUGAUGCAUUUUUCAACUUAGAACCUCGUUAUUGCCAUCGGUUCUUAUUGUCUCGGUUGUUUCUACCUGAGCUUAUAGUUUUUGGGUUGUCUCUUUCCUCUCAGGCUUCAAAUACUUUUAGACUAGAGAUAAUGACAAAGGGAACUUUACAAUUAGUAAAUAUGAUAAACAAUUUGUUACAGGAUAAAGAAUGA